AUGGCUGUGGCCAUGGCUGCUUGCAGUAUUGGACUUCACUUAACUGCUGAUAACACCUUCAGAGCUUUUGAAAAAACCACCGUCUUCAAGGCCUCCUCUAUCUCUGAUGCCACCAAACUAUGUUGCAUUACUCACAAAACAACAAGAUUAUCAUCUUCAGGAAUAACAAUCAUCCCACGAGCAUCAACAGUUACUGGUACUGUGGAGGAUGGGAAUCAAGGAGAGACUGACACCAUUCCAACUCCGAUAGUUAUAAUUGAUCAAGACUCUGAUCCCGAUGCAACGGUGGUGGAGAUCACCUUUGGUGAUCGCCUUGGGGCUCUUCUUGACACUAUGAAUGCUUUGAAAAACUUGGGACUCAAUGUUGUUAAGGCAAAUGUGUUUCUGGAUUCUUCUGGCAAGCACAACAGGUUUUCCAUCACAAAAGCUGACUCUGGUAGAAAAGUGGAAGAUCCAGAGUUGUUAGAGGCAAUCCGUUUGACAAUUUUAAAUAAUAUGAUUCAGUAUCACCCGGAAUCAAGUGCUCAAUUAGCUCUAGGAGCAGCUUUCGGACUUGUGCCUCCAAGGGAACAGGUUGAUGUAGAGAUAGCAACCCACAUAACCAUCUCUGAUGACGGCCCAGAUCGAAGUUUGCUGUAUGUGGAGACAGCUGAUCGACCUGGAUUACUGGUGGAUCUUGUAAAGAUUAUUACUGACAUUAACAUUGCUGUUGAAUCCGGGGAAUUUGACACUGAGGGGCUCUUGGCUAAGGCAAAGUUUCAUGUCAACUACAAGGACAAAGCCCUCAUCAAGCCUCUCCAGCAGGUUCUUGUUAACAGCUUGAGAUAUUUCUUGAGGCGACCUACAACUGAGGAAUCCAGUUUUUGA